AUGCAAUUGGAAUAUCUCGAUUUAUCAAACAACGUUUUGACAAACAUUGAUUGUUUAACACAAAUAACUACUUUGACGUACCUUAAUGUAGAAAACAACCAAUUGACUCGACUCCCAAAACUUGUUUCUCUCAGUUCACUGAACAUAUCGAAUAACCCAAUCACAGACGACAAAUCAAUUUUUAUGGACUUGAGGAACUUGACGAAUUUGACUUCGUUAUCUGUCAACCCAUCGUCACUUAAACAAAAAGUCGACAUUGUCAAGUUGUUUGACAAUGUCACUACAGUACUUUCUUUGGAGACUAAGAAGAAGAGUUCCACAGACAAACAUCUGCUGGAUUCACACAAAGAAUAUCUCACAACAAUUCUUUCUUCAAAAGACCCGGAUGUGAUGUAUUGCUCACUUUACACACGUCUCCUUGUGUUACUUCUCCCACAUUUAAAAGUGUUGAAUACGUCAAUAUUAAAUAUGAGCGUGAAAAAUGAAGUGAACGAUUCAAUUCAACGCGAGUUCAAAUUCUAUAAACCACAGAACGUUAUUACUUCUAUCAAAGAAAGAAAGUCAAACGGUAUUUAUUGUGUGAAUCCACAACAAGGACCAACUUCACAAUUCUCAGAAAGUGUGUUUCAACCCAUUUUCACAACAAUUAAAGACCCACGACAAAUCGAAUUUUCAAAACUCAUCCCAGGCAUCUCGUGCGUAUCAACUCGCUCUGGCGAGUUGUUCUACAGCGAAAGAUUUGGUAAUUCUGUCGAACAGUUGAACACUGAAUUCACAGACUUUUCAUACUGCACAUUUGGGCGAACACAAAGUACUUCGAAAAUGUUAGUACGAGGUGGACGGGAUGGGAGUCUCUCAAUUUACAAUUUGGACGUUCAAAAGAGUCCGAUGAAGACAUUGCACGACUUGGAAAAUAUCAACUCGCUUUGCAUAAACGUCGACUCUUCAAACAUAGUGACUUCGGGAUAUUUAAACAAUAUCUUUGUCUUCGACUUUACCACUGGUUGUUUACAUCGUGUGAUUGGUGGUGGACACUCUGAUGACGUUAACGGCGUUAGUACGAGUUGGGUAGAUCCCAAUCUUUUCUCUUCAGCUUCCGACGACCACAUGUCGAAGAUAUGGGAUUUGCGUACAAAUUGUCAAAACAGUGUUUUCAACUACGAAGGGGAGACUGCGCUUUACGGCGCAACGUUUGCGAAAGACAACAUGAGUUUGAUAAUCAGUGGGGUUGACAAUUACGUUGCAGAUGUUGACAUUCGGACUGGUAAAAGUGUUGCAAUGAAACUUGAAAAGAGUUGGUGCACGAAAAAUAAAACAUGCGCAAUAAACACACAAGACGGGGAGUAUAUAGUCUCUGUUUUUGGUGAAAAUGUCGCGAACGUCUCGUUGAGAAGUAGUGGCUUGAAAAUACUCGAUUUAAACUUUCAAUGCGAUUUGUUAUCUUCUUCAAGAAACGGUGGUUUAAUUAACGUGAGAGAAGACCCUUGGAACGAGUAUGAACUUUAUUUCUCACACAUCUGUAGAGAUAAUGAACAGAAAUACUCGAUGUUUAAGUGCUCAAUGUUUGCUUAA